GAAAAACGAAGAAGCAGAGUGGCCCGCCCGCAAGACGACUGCAAAAUCAGUAUGGAUUUCAUCAAGAAAUACGACUGGGAGUUGGAGCGGAAGCGCCGGGAGGACAUAGAUUACCUGAGGAAACAGCCGAACAAGAACGAAGUUGCUCUGAAAUUGGCAAAGCCCAUCAUCCUUGACAGGAAUAAGCUCGACAACAAUGUCAAUUCCGUGUUCUCUCCCCUGUCCUUUCAUGUCCUGUUGGGCAUGCUUGCUGCUUCGUCCGGGGCCGACCCGACCGGAGACCCGAUCCUCGCUUUCCUCAAGUCCAAAUCGGUCGAUGAACUUAAUUCGGUUUGUUCUCUGCUAGUCAAUUAUGUGCUGCUCGACGACAGCCUCACUGGCGGCCCAAUCUUGUCGUCGGCUAAUGGGAUUUGGCAGUCGGCCCCUUCCUCACCGGACACCAAAGCCCUCUUGGAGGCUGUUUAUAAAGGUCAAUUCAGGCAAGCCGAUUUCAUCAACAAGGCCCAGGAGGUGGCUCGGGAAGUGAAUGAAUGGGUUGAAAAUGAAACAAAAGGCCUUGUGAGAAACAUUCUCCCACCUGGUGCUGUUGGCAGAUCCACGAAAUUGAUUGUUGCAAAUGCACUGUACUUCAACGGAGUAUGGACAAAGCCGUUUGGGUCAUCAGCGACAACAAAGCGCGAGUUUUUCCUUUCGAGUGGUGGAUCGGUAAUGGCUGAUUUCAUGACCGGCAGGUGUGAUCAAUACAUAAGUGAAUAUGAUGGUUUCAAGGUGUUCGCCUUUUUUACCGAAACGGCGAUGAUUGGAAUCGAUGUUUCUCCAUGCACUUCUAUCUCCCUGAUGCUGUGAAUGGGUUGCCUGGAUUGGUGGAGAAAUUUGCAUCGGAACCUGAUUUCUUAGAGCAAUAUAGGGCUGGUGAGAAAGUUCGAGUUGGUAACUUUCUGAUUCCCAGGUUCAAGAUGUCAUUUGGAGUUGAAGCUUCAGAGAUUCUAAGGGAUUCUGGCAUGCCCAACAACGUCAGGGUGUUUCACAAAUCCUUCAUUGAAGUUAGUGAGAAAGGAACAGAAGCUGCUGGUGCAACUGUUGCUCCGGUAUUCUGUUGUGCAGCGGCUCCUCCUCCUAGACCUACCAAGAUACUAGAUUUUGUCGCCGAUCAUCCAUUCCUUUUCUUCAUAAAAGAAGACGCUAGUGGGACGAUACUCUUCAUGGGCAGCGUCCUUAAUCCUCUGGCUUCGAACCAAGAGUUUUGAAGGAAUAAUCAUAAUGUAGUUGCUUGCUUGCUGUGUUUUAAGUGGCCUAUCUAGGUGGUCUAUUAUUAUCUAGGUAGUUUCAAGGGGAUUUUUUUCUAAGGGUAGGUAGUUCAAGUGGUC